AUGGUGAGACUUAGUCUCAAGUACUUUGGACAUGUUCUCAGGAGGGGCCAGCCCCUGAAGAUGGACAGCAUGCUUGCGGCGGGGCGGAGCGCGGAGGCGGGCGACGCCCCCAACUCGCGGUCCCCGCGCCCCGCCCCGGCUUCCGCCCGGCCCCCCAUCAACGCGCACGCAGCGCGCUCGGGUCGCGGAGGCGCCGGGGAUGAACAGCGAGCCGGGCACCAGCGGUCUGGACCCCGCCUUGCCGCCGCCUGUCCACGCCGCGCCCCCUCCGCCCCCGCCGCCCCCGCCUCCCCCGGCGCCCGGCGCCCAGAGCUCGGCCCCUGCCGCGAGCGGCCGCCACGACCCGCUGCUGCUGCUGCUGCUCCUGCAGUGACCCUCGGCCGCGCCCCGCCUUUGUCCCCGCCGGGCGCGCGGGAGCGGGGCGCAUGGGGCGCCGCUGAUGCCGCCGCCCCACGCCGCCACCGCCGCGCCGCCCUCCGAGGCUGCGUCCCGGGAAGCCCGGACCCCAUGGAGGCGCCCGGGCCGGCCGAGGCGGCCGCGGCGGGCACUGGCCCCGGGGUCCACGACGCCGAGAGCGCUGGGGGAUCUCCUCAAGGGGCGCUGCGCCCCGAGGCGCCCACCUACCGGCUGCAGGACUUCGACACGCUUUCCACCGUGGGCACAGGCACCUUUGGGCGGGUGCACCUGGUGCGGGAGAAGACGGCCAAGCGUUUCUUCGCGCUCAAGGUGAUGAGUAUCCCUGAUGUCAUCCGCCUGAAGCAGGAGCAGCAUGUGCAGAACGAGAAGUCGGUCCUGGAGGAGGUCAACCACCCCUUCCUCGUCAGGCUGUUCUGGACCUACCACGACGAGCGUUUCCUGUACAUGCUGAUGGAGUUCGUGCCGGGCGGGGAGCUGUUUAGCUACCUGCGGAAUCGGGGGCACUUCAGCAGCAGCACAGGGCUCUUCUACUCCGCCGAGAUCGUAUGCGCCAUCGAGUACCUGCACUCCAAGGAGAUCGUGUACCGCGACCUGAAGCCAGAGAACAUCCUGCUGGACAAGGAGGGCCACAUCAAGCUCACCGACUUCGGGUUCGCCAAGAAGCUGGUGGAUAGUAUCACACAGAGAAGUUUCACUGCCCUGAAAAUGACAUGGACCCUCUGCGGGACCCCUGAGUACCUCGCCCCUGAAGUCAUCCAGAGCAAAGGGCAUGGGAGGGCUGUGGACUGGUGGGCACUCGGCAUCCUCAUCUUUGAGAUGCUGUCGGGGUUCCCUCCAUUUUUCGAUGACAACCCAUUUGGAAUUUAUCAAAAAAUUCUUGCAGCCAAAAUAGAUUUUCCCAGACAUUUGGAUUUCUAUGUCAAAGACCUCAUCAGGAAGCUGCUUGUUGUGGACAGAACAAGACGACUUGGAAACAUGAAGAAUGGAGCAAAUGACGUGAAACGGCAUCGGUGGUUCCGAACUGUGGACUGGGAAGGUGUCCCAAACAGAAGAUUGAAGCCCCCCAUCGUGCCCAAAGUGACUUGCGAUGGCGACACCUCCAACUUUGAUACGUACCCGGAGAAUGACUGGAACAAGGCCCACCCCGUGUCUCCAGAGGACUUGGAGAUCUUCAAGAAUUUCUGAGGACAGGAAUUCCCACGCGGAAGCCAGACUCAAGCGUCCCUGGGACAAAGAUGUGCACACCUCUGCAAAGCUAAAGAACUGCCUUCGUGGUGUGCAGGAGGACGCUUCCAUGUUGCUGUCCAUCCAUGUGGACUCAGAGACUCCAGAGCAGUUGCAAUCCACAGCCCUAGCAUUAUUUAAGCAAUGUCCUGCACCGUAGGAAGUUUUUUGGGGAAAAAAAAACAAAAGCGGUUCGGUUGUAGAUUUCAAGUUACCAUCUCCUGUUGGGUUCCUCCUGCGAUGUCUGCCUUUUCCUCAUAGACUUCAACUUUACAAGUUUGGACAAAACGUGUUCCAUGGUCGCCACCAAGUGUGUGCGUGUGUGUGUGUGCGCGUGUGUGUGUAAAGAAGAGCUUGUGACGUACUCACAGGAAUCGUGCAUGGAUGUCAAUGUGGAAUACUUUUCAGCGCCUAUAAUUUUUAUUUUCAAAUGUGUUUUAUUUCCUUCCAUCCCCAAGAAACUGUUCUUCAGGGGACAAAAAUCUCAAAAGUAUGAUUUUUGCAAUUUUUUUUUUUAAUCAUCUCAUCUGCCUUUUAUAGUUUUUUGUGGUGGGGAAAAAAAAGAUUAUGUGAGGUUUACAUCUGUUGCUUCUAUAUAAACCAAAUCAAACCCACUGCCGGCGAGUCGAUUCUGGCUCAUAGUGACCCUAUAGGACAGAAUAGAACUACCCCAUAGGGUUUCCAAGGAGCGGCUGGUGGAUUUGGACUGCUGACCUUUUGGUUAGCAGCUGUAGCAUUUAACCGCCACCAGGGCUCCAGCUUGUGGAGGCUGAGAGGGCAACUUUUGUCCCAGAGCAACCAUUGACCAUGUUGAGUCACUCCAGGAAUUUUCUGUGUUACAUUCAAAAACGUCACACAGCAUCGUGGUGUGGCUUCCUGUUAAAAUCCCAGUUUAAAUCCGUUGGACAAAAUAUAGUUCCCAAGCUAACAAAGAACUUUUAACAUCAAUUCCAUGGCAUGGCAUGGACCUGGGUAGUGCAGACAGUUAUCGUGCUCAGCUGCUAGCUGAAAGGUUGAAGGUUCAAGCCCACCCAGAGGUACCUUGGGAAAAAAUCCCGGUGAUCUAGUUCUGAAAGGUCAUAGCCUUGAAAACCCUCUGGAGCACAGUUCUACUCUACACACACGUGGGAUCGCCAUAAGUCAGAGUCGGCUCGAUGGAAAUUGGUUUUGGAGUCCCUGGAGGGUGCAAACAAUGAACAUGUUUGGCUGCUAGCUGAAAGGUUAGAGGUUCGAGUCCACCCAGAGGUGCCUCGGAAGAAAAGGCCUGGUGAUUUACUUCUGGGAAAAAUCAGCCAUUGAAAACCCCGUGGAGCACAUUUCUACUGUGACACUCUUCGGGUCACCAGGAGUCAGGAUCGAGUUGACGGCAACUGGUUUAGUUUUGGGAAGAGCGGAGACAUGAAUCAUCUACAGAACGUCAGCGUUCGACAUGGAACAAUGAGCCCUGCUUGGUCCUGCUGGUUUCCAGCGAAAGGUUAAAUUUAAGUUCAUUUAAUACACAAUCCCCUCUCCAAGGUCACAGAGGCUUUUAUAGAAUUAUCAGUGGGUAGAAUUUAUCUCUUUCGAACAGACGAUAGUUACCCAAGGCCCACUGCUGUGAAGUUGAAUUCUGACUCAGAGCAACCCUACAGGAUAGAACAGAAUUGCCCCAGAGGGUGUCCCAGGCUGUAACCUUUCCUGGAGCAGACUGCCACAUCCUUCUGUGGAGUGGCUGGUGGCUGCUCACCGACCACGUUUCAGUUAGCAGCCGAGGGCUUUCAGGAGCACCCGGCAAAUGUUUUUCGUCAGGACUGACUCACUCAGAGCCAUAUGUUCCAUAGUCCCAAUGACUGUGUCCCUAAAUAUGGGUCUUCCCAGAAACUGACCAUUUUCGGUGUCCUUGGAGCCUGUAGCAAGCAUGAUUUAUUUUCCUUCUUGUUCUUCCUCUCUCCAUUCCUGAUUCUAGGCUUUACUGUACAAACCCACACAGAUUGGACUUUCUCUGUUCACUCAGACUCAGCUCAGAAAUUAAAUUGUUAAGAUCGGUUUAUCUGGUCCAACGGCCCAACUGAGACCUUCCCAAAGGAGGGGGCCACAGCAUUCAAGAUGUAGGUUCCGGAACCUUCCGGGGACUUCAAGGGAUACAGCACCACGGAGACCACCUUCAUAGCUCAGGGUCUCUUGAGUCACCUGGUGGAUUCUUGGCCAUUGGUGUUGCUUUUCCAUGUCAUACCUGGGAAGACAUUUCUUCUCUGUGGGACUUGCUGCCUCUCUCUUCUGCUCACAAAUCUUGUGAUGCCAAGAACUUUUUGUGAAGGUCGUACAUCUUUUAGGGUAGCAAAAUUCCAAAGGAAACUCAGUUGCCUAUCAGAUUUGGAGGACCCUGGGCGACACUCAGGCUAAGCGUUUGACGACUAACCCAAAGGUUGGAGGUUCGAGUCCAUCUGAGGCACGGUGGAAGAAAGGCCAGGUGAUGUGCUUCCCAAAGGUCACAGCCAAGAAAAUCCUAUGGGACACAGCUCCACGGUGAUGCAUGUGGGGGUGCCAUGAGUCAGAAUCGGCUCAACUGCAGUGGGUUUGUUUGGGUUGUCAGAAUUGGCCAGAUUCACAAAUCUCUUCCUUGUCUUGUUCAAUCCAUCCCAAAUCUUAUUCGUCAAUGAGAAGACCGUGGCUUUGUGUAUUUAAAGGCGGCGUGAAGAGAACUUCCACCUUAAAAGGGUUUAAGAGAGUGAAAUUUAAGAUACAAAACAUUUUUCCCCCUCUUACCAGUCGUAAGGAGCCCUGGUGGCGUAGUGGGUAAGAGCUUGGCUGCUAAUCAAAAGGUCAGCAGUUCGAGUCUGCCAUCCACUCCUUGGAAAUCCUAUGGGGACACUUCUACUUUGUCCUAAAGGCUUGUUAUAAGUUGGAAUCGACUCGACGGCAACGGGUUAACAGGUUUCCAGUCAUAAAUGACCCAUACUUUAAAAAAAAAAAUUAUUCCAUUUUCCAAAAAUAAACGGCAAAACGUGCACCAAUUUAACAGUUUCUGCAUGUAUAAUUGAGUGUUGGAGAUUGUGUUCUUCAAGUUGUGCAACUGUUCUCACCCUCCUUUUCAGUUCUUCCUUCCCCGUUAGGGUAAACUCACUGCCCUCAGACCUUCUCGUCUAACCUUCUAAAUGGCCUAUGCUUCCAGUAGUAAUCAAUGCAAUAGGUGAUAUAGGGAGUCCUGGGUGGCCUGAAUGCUUUGCACUGGACUACUAACCAAAAAGUUGGCAGCUCGAACCCGCCCAGAGGCACUUUGGAAGAAACGCCUGGUGACUUUCCUCCCAAAAAUCAGCCAUUGAAAACGCUAUGGAGCCCAGCUCUACUCUGCACACAUGGCGUUGUGAGUUGGAGUUGACGGCAAUAAACAGCAACCGCAAAGCUUAAGGUUUAGUCAAAUAAACUGUUUUAACUGAGUAACUCAACAAGAAUUAGUUUAAAAUGUUGAGCUCAGUAAAACCCCCUACAGAAUGAUUUUUCUCAGUCACCAUUUUGUUUGGAUUAGAAUAAGGGCCAAGGUCAGCCAGGAGCUUAGCAUGCAAUUUCUGAAAUACUCAAUCGUUGACUAUGAGAUGCUUAAGUCAGCACAGUGGCUUUGCGCCAUGAGAUAAGAACCUAGAGUUAAGAAAACAUAAGUCUCAUUAUCUGACUCUAAAAAUAAAAUGUUUAAAUUAUUGUUGGAGCUUUCUGCUUAAAAAAAUAAUUAAGGACCUUCUUUGAAUAUAAUGAAAAAAUUGUACACAGAUACGUUAAACCAGAUGCCUGUUUUUUUAGGUUUGAUUCUUACUCUCCAGAUUUAAUAUCGAGGUAAAAAUAGCAUUGAGAAUACCUGAAAUGCACGGCCUUAUUUAUGAACAAAUAUGCAGAAAAUGAGAAUGUGUGAACAUGUCAAUUACAUUAUUCUCUGAAAGCACUGUCAUCAGCCUGCAGCCAUACAAAGCAAAUUCAGAAUUAAAAGGAAUUCCAAGAACAUUUGAUGGUGUUAAACCCACCUUCAGUGGUCUCGCACGUUUUAAUAUCCACAGUGCCACAUGCUAAAUGGUGACUGUCUGUGAACUGGCCGUUAAUCUCACAGUGUGAUGUAAUGUUGCUACUGGUUUAAUCAAAAUGAGGAAUCAACAGUCAUUGCACGUACAGUGAAACGUGUGAGAACUGAAAGUCCAUGAAACUGCCUCGCUUUUCCGGAUCUCAAGGGUUUUCGGCCUUUGACAGGGUACAGUCUUACCACUUUCCUAUUGCUCUUUAUCAUGGAAAAUAUUUGAGCUUUCCUUCUCUGAUAGGUUCCUGCCUUACACAGUUCCUGGCUUUCACCAGUUUUACUGUAAUUAAAAAAUAGUUUACUCUGUGGAGGUGUUUUGACAUUUUCGUGUAUAUUCUCCAAUGUCAUCACUGUGCAAAAUUUAGACGGAAAUUCAUGAAAACAAUCAACCAAUAUGUAUCAGAUUGAGCAAUAGAUUUAUUUUGUUUUAGGUAACUACAUAUGAGUUGACAGCGUUUUCUUAAAUAUGAAUACUAUAAAAGAAUGGAUUUAAGAAAUGCACGUAUCACAACAGGGAGUACAUUGCGGCGGGUCUUGUUUUCGUAAGUGGGAAUGUCACUGGCCUGCUUCAAUAAUGCAUUUAUAAACCCGAGAAGGAAAUAAAGCUACAACCAGUUAUACAGAAUGUAGUACACCUGCACUGGCAGACUUCUGAUGCCCUCACAGCAGAAGUCCGAUUCCUGCUCAGUGGAAACAGACCUAUUGCUGGCAAUGGGCGAAUCAUGAAUUCUGACAUCAACAUGGCAGAACGUGCAAAAGAAAGAUCAGGGAAUUCCAUACCUUCCCAAGGCUGUAAAACCCCACGUGCGAUCCACCUCUGGGUAGCAACUGCACAAUCGUUUGGUUAUACACUUCUAGCCCAUUUUGUUUCACUCUGUAACUCUCUACUUAAAAGCUGAAUUAUGCGAUGUUUCUGCCAAUGAAAACACCACCAGUGGGGCUGAGUAGUGCUGCGAUUUGGGAUGCAUUUACCACUUCUGUGUUGAGCCUAAGUUGCCUCUAUGACUUGGACCCUUCUACUGUGAACAUAUGGCGUAAUACUGUUAACCAAAGACCCCCAGGCAUGGGUCUGCACACUGGAGGCUGUGCCAACAUCCCAACAGAACCUUGAAAUCAUUGGUCCAGCAACUUUGUUUAUGUAGUGUUGGGAAAAUUUGUGGUUGGAUUGUUUUCUCCCCAAGCCAGUUGGGUUUUGCAUUAUGUUAACAUCAUCCUAGAAGAACUUGAUUGCCCGAGCUGUAGAGAUUUGAAAUGUGACUCCUCAGUUUUUCUCCUUAUUUGGUCAGUCAGUCUAGCAUGCAUUUUAUACACGUUGGGUACCUUCUCUGAACUGUCUAUUCCUGUUUUUGGCAGAGGUGAGAGGACUUCUUUCAACCUGAGUGAACGAUAUCCACUCAACAAAAACAAAAGCACAUGAACAGUUGUCUUAAUGUAUUUGCAUACUUUGGGGUGCGUGUGUGUUGGUGGGGGCGGGCGGGUGUCUUAACCAAGCAUAAUGUUUUAAUGUCACGUUUGCUUUGCAAACACGAUGGCCUUGUAACCCGUGGAAUGGUGCUCCAUAGUAAAGGGGAAACAGUGCUGCCACGGUUUUCUUUAAAUUAUUGUGUUUUAAGAAGUCUUCUUUAGCUUUAAUUUCUUCUUCCACGGUGGGUGGACACAGCUGUUAAUUUAAGUAAACAUUGUGAAAUGUGUUCUGAUGGAUGGGAUUUGAAGCCUUUUGAGGCAUAGGGCGUAGCUUUCUUAAGAACUUCAGUAGCUUCGUUCUGUUUUUGCACUGGACCAGGCCCUGUCUUGCACGUUGUCCAUGCGCUUCCAGGGCCCAUGUGGCUGCUGUCCGAAAUGCGGACCUCGUACCAGAAGUGGGGUGCCUUGACGUUUGAUCGGUGUGCCCCCUGGUGGACUGGAGCUAGGAAACCUGCAAAGCAAAGCCAUCUCAGAUACUCAGAGGACAAGUAUGUUCAAAAUCCCAUGAUUUCCUUGCACAAUGAAAACCACUGUGAUUUGUAAAUACACCCUAGAGUAAUUUUACUGCUGUCUAAUUUAUGUAAUGAGACUGUUCAUUCCGGGUUUGUUUAAUAAAACUUUGUAUCUUUUAAGGA